AUGUACCAACGAGCCCUAUAUGAGCCUCCUGAACUAACAGGACCCUGCCCAGAUGCGGAUCAUAUGGAAACGCUUCACUUUGUUCCCCCAGACACGUACCCCGUGCUCUUUGCGGACGAGUAUGGCUACCAGGCUGGUAACAUCCUCUGGCGAGGCCACUUCGAUGCUCCAGCCGACGAUUCGCCCACCGGUGCUUAUCUUCGUGUUAUUGGUGGCCUUGCUAGCGGGUUCUCAGUCUACGCCAACGGCAGAUUCCUCGGGUCCUGGCACGGCGCAAUGACCAACAAGACGGGAGAGCUCGAGGUAUUCUUCGAGGACGUGCCGCUCAGCACCGAGGGCGACAACGUCCUUUUUGUCAUCCAAGAUACCAUGGGCAAAGAGCAGCGAGAGGCAGCACCCGACCCACGAGGCAUUCUCAACGCCACUUUGAUCACUGCGGGUGGGGAUUCCGCCAGCUUUACGUCCUGGAAGGUCGCCGGCAACGCGGGUGGCAAUCACCUCCUGGAGCCGAUUCGUGGGACGUAUAAUGAGGGCGGCCUCCAUGCAGAGCGCCUUGGCUGGCAUCUCCCCGGCUUCGACGAUGCCUCUUGGGAGACUGGAACACCAGCUGAUGGAUUUACUGGUGCCGGUUCACGCUUCUAUCGUACUAUUGUGCCGUUGGAUAUCCCAGAGGGAUACGACGUCAGCCUGGCUUUCGAGCUCCAGGCAGAGGAGAGAGCGAAGCUUCGAGCUCAGUUGUACGUCAAUGGGUACCAGUUUGCGAAAACUCUCCCUUCAUCUCUAAUGAAAUUACAUUCCCUGGUACUCUUUCCGGGCAUCCUCAACUACAAUGGUGACAACACUAUUGGGCUUAGUAUCUGGGCAAUGGACGAGGCUGGGGGGUCCCUUGAUGUGCAGUGGAAGGUGCUGGGCGCGCAUCGGUCAGCUUUUGAUCCUCUAUUUGACGGCGAAUACCUUCGCCCUGGGUGGACGGAUCGCUCCCAAUAUGCCUAA